AUGUCCGACCAGUCCAAAGCUCCUCCGCCCCAUGAAAACGAGGGCUUCUUCGACCGAAUCCUUCAUCACCAUAUGGGGAAACAGACCGAAGAGACAAUGAAGGAUCAUCAUGAAGAUCGCGAUAACCAGGAAGAUUAUCAUGAAGACUCGGGGGAGGAAAAGAAGAAGGAAAGUGAGAUGGAUAAAAUGAAGAAUUAUUUACAUGAGGAUGAGGAACUUGAAGAGGAGGGUCAGACUUAUGCCGGAUUGAUGUAG